CUUGAUUCCGCUCCACUACCACCACCUUUACUAAACUGCUGCCUCCGAGGGGGCAUUCCAUUCAUUCUAAGACGUAUUAUUUGCAUUGUUAUGAGCCUUUCUACCUGCCUGCCUGUCUUUUCUCCUACUUUCUCUCCCCUCCAUUCUUGCUAUCUUCCCCCUCUUCCUCCGUGUCUCACCUAGUUCAAUCAUGACGGGUCGAGAAUCCGAUAAGGGGCAUCGCUACAUCUCUGCCCUGGAAAAUGCGCGCUGCCAGGACAAAUGGGAUGAGGUUCCUGAAUUGAUCCGAAAGGUGACCAAGCAUGCUCCGCAUAAGACAUGUCUCCUAGAGGUUGCCAGCGCAGAAUACCAGAUCGCAUCGCAUAUUCGGAAAGAAGCAUCAACCCCCCAAUCGACCUCCCCCUCUUCCAGCCUCCAUGAAUUGGUCCCGUCCCUCCUAUCUACCGUCAAUCGAGCCGAAGGGCCUAAACAGGAGGUGUUUCAAGCACAAGUUUGCCUGGGUUGGGCACACUGGACACUGAAUGAACCAAGCUUAGCAACAUCUCGGUUUCCGGACAAUUUUACUGAAACAAUCCAUGACCUCGAAAGUGCGGGGGAGGAGCUCUCCCCGUGGACGCAGGCCUGCCUUGUUAAAGCAUGCUAUUUGAAAGCUGCCUCGCAACGCAUGGUGUCCGACGCCGGUGAUGCCCUGGAAACUCUCGAAUCGGUCACACCAUGGCUGAGUAACCACCUGCAGGGUUCCACAUUGAGCAAUCCUCAAUUUCUCUACUGGUCUGAGAAGCUAUUGGCUGAAGGCGCCUCCAUCACCGUGGACGAUGCUCUCCGCGACAUUGCCGCUACCGAUGCACAAACCGUGACGACCGCGCUGGGAUUUCUCCGACUAUGGGCUUCCCACCCUAACAACAAGCAAGCGACUGCUUCUCAGACUGUGCAUGCGAACAGUUCUACUGAGGCAGUACUCCGGUCGUCACUUUGGAAGUCAUAUUACCAACUCCUGACGGCGAUUCUGCGACAUGGAGUGCCAUAUAGCCCUUCCACCAACGGACCUGAGCGCCCACAACUGGCUAGCGAGAUCCGACGCGUAGAAACUCUCUACGAGGCGACCCUUCUUCGUGAGACAAAAUUCCCUUCCGCCAAUUCGAGCAACCCGCAGGUCGAAGAAUGGGUUGAAGAAGUGAUCUCCAAUUGGCAGGUGCUUGGUGGGCCCGACUGGACGGAUGACGAGCUCGGGGAAGGAGGCCAGAAUGCGGUUGGCAGAAACGUCCUCGAUAUCCUUUAUCGUGCUGCUACCAAAACGUAUCAUUCGCACUUAAUUCUUCGACGUCUAUUUCAUGUUCAUUGUGCCUUGGGUGACUCUGUUCUCGCUAUCAAAGCACUUGACUCCUAUAUAGAAAUUGUGACCAGUGCUAAAGAAAGGGCCGAAAAAGGGGCGGAGUCCGGGGAACUAGAGAAUGAUGGUAACUUGCUUCGCACCAUCGCGGAGGGUGUGACCAUGCUGUGCUGCUUCGGUUCCGACAAAGAGGCUGAAAAGGCAAGACACCUGACGAAUUUACUGAAGAAGUUUGCCGCAAAGCAUGUCCAAGAAAACAAAGACCAGGAGAACGGGGCCAUUGUUAUCAUGCAGCAAACGAACUCAGCUAGCUCCGAGGUGGUUUCUCCGUUGGAUCUUGCCGCAGCUUAUAGAGGUAUUGGCAUAGGACUAGCCAACUGGGCUUACUGGACGCCCUUUACUGAGGACCGCGACGAUAUUCGCGCGGAGGCAAUUGAUUACCUUGACAAAAGUUUGGCACCGGAGCUCGAAGACGAACUCAAUCGUUCCUCGCUCUACACUCUGGCUCUGUUGUUGGCCGAAGACAGGGACAUCGAUGGUGCUAUUGAGUAUGUCCGGUCGGCGUUGACAUCAGAUCCACAACCACGAGCCGGCCAGGCCGACUUUACUCGCGAACGGGAACUUGUUCCCCUUUGGCAUUUACUCGCUCUGCUUCUUAGUGCGAAGGAAGAUUUCGACAUUGCCGAGCGCUCUUGUGAAGCUGCUUUUGAGCAGUUCCCUGCUACAAUUACCUCUUUGGCCCACAACGACAGACGGCCACAGAAGCAUAAUCAUAACUUCGAAGAGCAGGCCGUCACUGGUUUGACACACGCUCUAAUAGAUCAACUGCGCGACAGGGAGAAGGAACGCAUCAUUGAGACUCGCAUGACACAGCUCGCGUUCGUUGAGCUCCUCGAGGGGCCAGAGAACGCUCUGAACCACAGUGAACAGCUACUCAGCCUUUUUGCCACUUUAUUCCGAUCGUUGAGUCUUGAAACGGAGACAAAACCCAGUAAUGCUCCGGCUGACCAUCUUGCACCACCUAAGAGCUCUGCUGGGACAGUGAAGAGUCUCCGGGGAAGUAUCUUUGGACGGCACCGUGGGCAUCGUGCGAGAGGAGACACCGCUCCUGAAUCAAAGGCUGACGGCCAUGCGCCCCCUCGCCCCGAUCAAGGUGAUACGGCACCUGCCAUACAAGUCACCAACGAUGCUUCCGCCGAAAAGCAAACCGUAGCAGGAUCUGGAUCUCGGAAACUGCGAUCUAGGAGCAAUACCCUCCAGAAACCGGAUGGCGUGCAAGACCAGGAUCGCAAUCAAGUGAUCGGCAAGAACGCAGCUCAGGCUGGUCCUGAUGAUGCGCCCCAGCCGCCCUCUCCAGAUAUGGUUCGAAAGGCAGUCACUGAUGCAGCUACACAACCGCCAACAGCCCGACAGCCGCUGGGGCCCAUACCUCAUAACAUUAAGCACAAUCAACAACCCCCUCCAAUUGGACACCCUAAUCAGCCGCCUGUACAAGACACUCGACUACCUCUAUCCUACGCAUUCGACUCGCCCACCAGAGCUGUGACCAAGGUCCCACCGGUUCAAUCCCAAAAGCACGCUCUCUCUAUCCUUGUUAACAUCUGGCUACUUAUUGCCGGACUCUAUCGUCGCGCGUCAUCGUUUGACGACGCACACGAAGCAUGCGAAGAAGCAUCUAAACACAUCACGCACUUCGAGAGCCUUGUGGCAUCGCAAGAAUCAUCCGCACGGGCGUUCCGCGAACGGGCAUGGGGCUGCCCCAAGAGUUGCCAGGACCUCUGGGCCGAUCUUUACGCGGAGCGAGGCUUUCUGUCAAAAGCACAGGAACGUCCGCAUGAAGCCAUGGAACACUUUGAGAAGGCUCUCAGACAUGAAUUGAAUCAUCCGAAAGCCACGAUUGGACUAUCCAAUCUACUCCUCGACGUCUGGGAUCGAACAAUCCCUCUGGAGCCUCCAAGACCAGGCAUUGAACUCGACCCUUCCAUGUUUCCUCUGUCCUCCCCUCUCAGCGAGCCCAAAAAGAAGACAGGUCAUGCUGAGGUAACUCUUCCCACGGACGCAAAGGCAGGGUCUGCCGACGUUGAAAAAGAGGAGGAGCCUCAACUUCUCAACCGCAUUGCCGCGCGGGAGCGAGCUUUUGGCCUGCUAUCCGGGUUGACAAAAUUAGGCAGCUCUUGGGACAACAGCGAAGCUUGGUAUGCACUCUCCCGAGCAUAUGAAGCAGGGGGGCAGGUUGAAAAGCUGAAAGAGGUGCUCUGGUGGUGCAUCGAAUUAGAAGAUCGCCGUCCCCUUCGACACUGGUCCAGCAUCGGCUCUGGUAUAUAUGUACUUUGAAUAUGUGUAUCUAGGUCUACGGCAAGCGCUAAUCUUUCCCUUUUCUUUGCUCUCGCUUAAUAUGAUACCUCGGUGAUCUUGGUGUGUAUAGACGAGAAUCACUAUAUAUAGAACUGGCAGGUGGAG